AUGAAUGAGCGCCGUCAUGUGCACAUUGAAGCAUGUCUGAAGCAAGAAAGUGUCGCAGAUUACGAGCAAGUGCGUGCAGCUGUCGCGGAAUACCUGGGCACCACUUGUACAUUCCUUACGAGAGGGCUUGUGGACUUAUCCGGACACGCGCUACUUGCUACACACGUCGAGCGUGUUGAAGUCACUGAGUUCAAUAGCGAAGGAAGUGACGAGAUCGAGAGUGACAGAGUUUCGAGCUCAAACGCCCGUUUGUUUGUGCACGUGUUUAAGCUCAGCAAUGAGAGCCCUGCAGAAGAGACGGCAGACGGUGACGAGAGCGUGACAACGUGCCAGCAUAUGAGUCUUCCCGCUGCAAGUUUUCAUGGGCUUUGGGAUUCGCUUAUCUUUGACUCGUCAGUGAAGCAACACGUGCUAGACUAUGCCAUGACUGCGUUGCUGUUUUCGGACACGAAAGUGAAUCCACACAUCAUAUCGUGGAAUCGAGUGGUUCUAUUGCAUGGUCCACCUGGCACCGGAAAGACGAGUUUGUGCAAAGCGCUGGCUCAGAAACUCAGUAUCCGUCUAUCGUCGAGAUACCCAAACGCGAUCCUUGUGGAAAUCAACGCACACAGCUUGUUCAGCAAGUGGUUCUCGGAGAGCGGAAAAGUGGUCAUGAAGCUAUUUCAGCAGAUCCAGGAAUUAGCAGAGGACGAGAAGUCACUUGUUUGCGUGCUGAUCGAUGAGGUGGAGUCACUUACAGCUGCUCGGAAGUCCGCUGUGAGCGGAUCAGAGCCGUCUGACGCAAUUCGAGUGGUCAACGCAUUGCUGACGCAGCUAGAUUCGUUGAAGCGCCACUCGAACGUGCUUAUUCUCACGACGUCGAAUAUUACUGAAGCCAUUGAUGCUGCAUUUGUUGACAGAGCGGACAUCAAGCAGUACAUUGGACUUCCAUCGUGUCGAGCGCGCUACGAAAUCUUGCGAAGUUGUGUUGAGGAACUACAACGUGUGGGAAUCGUCCAGCCGAGCACACAGCUUGUCGUACAGCAUCAAGAGCAAAUGAGGAGACGAGCUACGAGUCGGUCGGGAACAGGCGGCGAAGUUAUUUCGCUGAAGUUGUGGCAAGCGGCAGAAAUGGCGGAUGGAUUUAGUGGCCGAGCGCUGCGCAGACUUCCAUUCCAGGCGCACGCCUACUUCGUGCAGACUCGAACGCCGGGGGUUGGUGAAUUCAUUCAUUGCUUAGUGCAGGCCAUUAGCCGCGAAAGUGAACAAACGCAGCAGCUCUCAUCGGAAUAG